UAAAAAUAAAAUAUAACAGUUUUUUUUAACAACGUUUAUACAAAAUAUGGACACAGCAAAGGAAUUGAUAUUGAAUUUAAAGCAAACAAAUAAAUCACAUGUGGGGUAUGGUUUACAGAAAGAAUGUGAAGCACUCAUUGGUCACAUUUUACAAAAUAUGGUUCAAUCCGAAUUACCUGAAUUAAUUCCUGAGGUGAAAAAUGAACAAGAUUCUAUCGAAUAUAGAGAACAAGGAAAUCAACAUUUUGUAAUGGGCGAGGAUUUUGAAGCUAUAAAAUGUUAUACAAUGAGUUUAGCAUACGCGGAUAAAAAAGAACUUAUGUCUUAUGCUCAUGCCAAUCGAUCUGCAGCUUUGUAUAGACAACAACUUUACAAAGAAUGUAUAAUAGACAUUGAUGCUGCUUUAAAUCUUGGAUAUCCGGAAGAAAAAAGAAAAAAAUUGAAGGAGAGAGGGAUCAAAGCCGUUGAAGAAAUUAAAAAGAAACUGCUGUUCAAAGAAAAUGAUCGUAUUGAUACAGAAAAAUUUAUGAACAGAUGCCUAUCAGAAACGGUAAAUAAUACACCUAUUGUUGUAAAAUAUCGAAAUGGAAAGAAUAAAAUUGGAAAAGAUAUAGAUAAAGAUGCUAAAGCUGACGAAAAUAAACAAGAUUCGAUUAAUGGUUGUCGCGAAUCAUCUGCACACGAUAACGAAGACAGAGAACCAAGAUACUUAGCGGAUGAAGGUCCUUUAAAGCUGACUUAUGGUCCCAGUAAGGAGGCUCCAGCUGCUAGCGAUGGUGUUAGUAUUGCUUUCUCUGAAAAAUAUGGUCGUCACUUAGUAGCUACAAAAGAAUUUAAACCAGGAGAUAUAGUUACUAUCGAAGAUCCAUUUGCUUUUACUAUUUAUAUGCAAAGUUAUUUUACGCAUUGUCAUCACUGUUUAGCAAGAAGCUUUAAUUUGAUUCCAUGUUUAAAAUGUCCAGUGGCUCAAUAUUGCUCAGAAACAUGUAGGAAAUUAGCUUGGGAAAUGGCUCAUCAGAUAGAAUGCCCGAUUUUGGCAUUAGUAGGAAACUUACUUAAUGUUGAUAAAAAUAAAAUACGAAUGCUUACCAAAAUCGUCAGGUUUUUAAUUGUGGCAACAGCGAAAGGUAAAAAAAUUCAAGAACUGCUCGAAGACAUGAAAGUAGCUGAAUCUAAUCCAGAUAAUAGAACUGCAGGAUUUACAGAUGAAGGCAUAUUGGACAGUACUAGUUCACGAUCUGCUCUGAGUCUUGCUACUAAUAUGACAACAAGACCACUCAUUGGAAUCAGUGCUUUUGCGUGUAUCUCAGCUCUCGCAGCUAUACUUUUAGCCACACAGACUAACUUCUUCUGCAAGAAAUACGAAGUGGACCAAUUAAGAGAUAUUAAUGAUCUUCCAGAGAUCAAAUUCUGUGGCAGCAUUAUGUUCCGUGCCUGUGUUAUAAUGUGUUCCAAUUGUUUCUUAGUGCAACAAGAACCAGGAAUUAAAACAGGUUCAGGCUUAUAUAUAACACAUAGCUUGUACAAUCAUUCUUGUGCGCCGAAUACAUUUCGGCAUUUUGAAGGGAUGACAAUGAUCACUCGUGCACUAGAGCCAAUAUUUCCUGGAGAUCAAAUAUUCACAAAUUAUUGUGCUUCAUAUGCAUAUAUGACAAGAUCUGAAAGAAGAGAAAAAAUAAUGCAAGAUUACUUUUUUGAAUGCGAUUGCAUCGCGUGUACAUUUGAUUGGCCAUCAUACAAUGAAAUUCUUCGAAACCACAUUGGUUCUAUUGCUAAAAAUAAAGAGCUCGUGGCAAAAUUGAAACCUUACAAGCAGAGAUUAGCAAAAAAUAUGUAUGAUAUUGAAGCUGUAAAAUCGGUUCUGGGUAUACUCUAUAAAGAAGUGACCCAACCGUGCGAGGAAAUAGUACAUGCAGAACAAUACUUGAAGAGCUAUUAUUUAGGUAAAUUUAAGUAAACCAAAAGUGAAUUUACUUACAUUUGCUUAUUUGCUUGUAUGCUUUACUUAUAUGCUACGCUUACUUGCAAAUACUAAUAGCGUACUUACUUGUAUCCUGUAAACCACAUUUAUCUCAAUACUACACUUUGUACACUGAUCUAUUUUUUGCUUAUUAAUCUUAUACUGCUGCUUUUAAAUAUUUAGCUUAUAUUAUUCUAUAAAAAAUACAUUAACUGUUUGGCUGCAAAGGUACGUGAGAAAUGUGUGUAUUAGAUGCAAUUCGAUUUUAAGUUCAAGUCUAUACAUGAAUUGUUUUGUUUUUAGAUCCAUAAAAGAGGCAUCAAUAUUCUACUAUGUUAUCAAUGAAAGACAUGAAAUAUUCCUAAAAACAGUUUAUUUAAGUUAUACAUGAUAUUUAGCUAAUUCCUAAAAAAGUGUGCAUAGCUUCUUUCAUGCGUUAUACCUGUAUCAAUGUUCAAACAAAUUCAAAUUUAUGUAAUGUAAAUUUAAAAACCACAUAAAGCGGAAAAUAAACUUUUUAAUGCCUGCCUUCCUUAGAAAAGAAACAUUUUUAGACAUAAUAGAUGCGUGACAUCAAUAAUGCCACGAGAAAAUUAGUAUUUUAUAUAUCAUAUAUAAAUUAUAAAAUAAAAUGCUUUAUAUCUGUAUCUUUCAUAUAUUUUUAUACUAAACAAAGUAUAUUGGACUUAAAAGUUCGACAAAAUCACUUUUACUAAUCUAAAUUGAAGACCGAAGAAUGUUACAAAAUAAUCAUUUGACGAAACUAAUAAAAAUUAUAAAAAUGAUAGAGGCAAUGCUAGCAAUUCAUUAAAAUUACAAUGCAAUAAAUCCUACGCAUUAUUCCAAGAUUAUCAUAUAAUUGCAAUAAACAAUGGAAUUAUACAAUUAAAUUACUGAUCUCUAAGUCAAUAUGUUACAUAUUGA